UUUUUUCGUCAAAAUUUCGGUGUGAAAAAGUUGGUUUAGCGGUUAGACUAGGAAAUGGCGAAUUAUUGUUGUCGUUUGUGGGCGCGUCAAAUGUGCAUGAUUAUGCGUCAGAAUUUCGCAAAAAGUUGCGAACAGAAACUGAACGAUCAGAUCAAUAUGGAGCUAAAGGCAUGCCAUCAAUAUUUGGCCAUGGCAUUUCACUUUGAUCGCGCCGAUGUCAGUUCGCCGGGUUUGCACAGCUUCUUGCUGAAGGCCAGUGGCGAGGAGCGUGAGCAUGCCGAGAAGAUAAUGAAGUAUAUGAAUAAACGUGGCGGUCAGAUUGUGCUCAGUGCGGUGCCAGAGCCGUUGCCCUGCUUCCAGGAUAGUUUGGCCGCAUUGAAGCAUGCGUUGCAAAUGGAGCUGGAGGUGAAUCAACAUCUGUUGGAUGUCCACGCGUUGGCCAGCAAGGAGAACGAUCCCAAUCUCUGUGAUUUCAUUGAGGCGAACUUUUUGCAGGAGCAAGUCGAUGGCCAAAAGGUCUUGGCCGAUCUCAUACGUCAGCUGGAGCGUGCCCACGAUGAUCUUGGCGAUUAUUUGUUCGACAAGUAUUUAAUUAAUGGUGGCAUGCAUGGUGGCAAAUAGCGGAGAGAACAGAACAGAACAGAACGGAACAGAAUAGAACAGAGCGCAGCAUUUUGAUUUGUCUUUCGCAUAUUUUGUUUAAACUAAAACUUGUUAUCAGGCGGAGCGAGUUGUCUAAAAAUAAACGCGCACUCUUAUCAAUUAGUA